AUUUUAAAAACAAAGACCGGACAAUAAGAGUUGAGGUCACUGAGGGUGGUUGGAGGGCGUGUGUGCGUUGUGGGUUGGAUCACAACAAACAGACUGAAGAUGGCGGAGGUAGCAGGAGGGCUCGUUUGUAGAGCUUCUGUCGUUAGUCUUCUGCUAUGCUUGGGCUUUGUUUUAUGUUCCUUCUCCACCCCGUCACUGGCUUCCGAUGCCUUCGAAGCGGUUUUAGGUGACACGGCGUCGUGUCAGAGAAGCUGCGAGAUGACUUACAGCUUGCAUACUUACCCAAAGGAGGAGGAACUCUAUGCUUGCCAGAGAGGAUGUAGGCUGUUCUCUAUCUGUCAGUUUGUUGAUGAUGGCACAGACUUAAACAAGACCAAAAAUGAAUGUGAAUCAGCUUGUGCAGAAGCAUAUAAACAACAAGGUGAACAAUUUGCUUGCAACCUGGGAUGUGAAAACCAACUGCCAUUUGCUGAGCAGAGACAAAAGCAGCUUAUGUCCAUGGUUCCAAAAAUCCACUUCGUUUACCCCAUCAGUAUAAUGUCUGCUUUCUACAGUGACUUGAUGAAUUCAGCUCAGAGCUUCUUCACUUCUUGGACCUUCUACUUGCAAACUGAUGAUGGAAAAGUAGUUGUAUUCCAGUCUGAACCAGAUGUGCAGUUUAUGGUUCCACAAUUUGAACUGCAAACAGAAAAUUCGAAAGAAACUUCUCAAACACUGUCAGAUCACAUAGCCAAGGCUAUUUAUGAUGAUACUCGCAAAACUUUCAGAAGGGAACAUGGAACUGGCUUGUAUUUGAAAGAAGGUCAUGAGCAGGAGUACCAGAGUGUCUUAGAAUGUUUGUCAAGGUAUGUGUUUUGGUGA